AUGGUGAUCAAAGUUUUCCUCGCCUCUUCAUCGGGAUCCACUGCGAUCAAAAAGAAGCAGCAAGAUGUUGUUGGCUUCCUGGAGGCUCUUAGAGUGGACUAUGAUCCGCUGGACAUCGCCUGCAACGAGGAAAACCGCAUGUGGAUGAGGCAGAAUGUCCCAGAGGAGAAGAAGCCGGCCAACGGGAUCCCCCUGCCUCCUCAGAUCUUCAAUGAAGAGAGCUACUGUGGGGACUAUGAAACCUUCUUUGAUGCCAAGGAGGACAACGCUGUGUUCGCCUUCCUGGGACUGCCCCCUCCCCCUGGGUCCAAGGAAGCAGAGCAGGCUGACAAGGCGCAAAUUGUGACGAACGGGAACCAUGUUGAGGAAAUGAACGGAGACCUUGAUGACUCAAUAGAGGUUCCAUUGGAGGAAUGUAACGGAGAUGCACACGAUGAGGAGGAGCAGGCAGCGGAGGAGGAGGAGGAGGUAGCGGAAGGAGAGAAUGCAGAUGAUGAAGCCAUGGAAGAGGAAACAGAAGGCAACGAGGAGCAGGAGGAGGCAGAAGAAGAACAGGAAGAAGAGGAUUUGCAGUCAGAGGAGGAAGAAGAACUGCGACAGCUUGAGGAAGAAGAAGAGGCUGAAGUACAAGAGGAAGAAGAAGGAGACUUAGAAGAAGCACAGGUAGAGUACCAGAGAAAGUAA